AUGGCUCGUCAGAUAGCCAAAAGAGACCAAGGCCUGCUUGACCAUGGCACCAAGCCGCGAUGGUGCAAGCAGCGCACCGAACCAUUAGAAGUGCUGUGCCUCGGGCUUCAUCGGACGGGAACAACGUCCAUGUACGAAGCCAUGGAGAUUCUAGGCUACGGCACGCUCUACAACUCGCGCGAGGCGCUCCGCCGCAACCUGUGCACUUUCGUCGGCACAAUGCUCACCGACAAGUACGAAGCGCGAGGCCCGUGGCCGCCUCGCAUCGAGCAGUUCGAGUCGCUGUGGGGAGAGUAUCGCGCCAUCUCCGGCGAGGUGGCCUACGCCUUCUCGGAGGAGAUCAUCCCCCUCUACCCCGAUGCCAAGAUCAUCCUCACGGUCCGCGACGACGAAGAAAAGUGGUUCGCCAGCUCCAUGAAUACGUCGUGGUACAACAACUCGCAUCUGUUCACGCGCAUCUUGUACGCACUCGACCCCAAUUGGGUGCAGAUAAGGGAGUACGUGGGCAAGAUGUUCAAGUACUUCUACCGCGGCGAUUUUCCUGCCAACGGCAUCCGGAUGUAUCGCGAGCACAACGCGAUGGUGAAGCGGCUGGGCGGCGACAGAGUUCUCGUCUUCAACACCAAAGACGGCUGGGGCCCGCUACGGCCGAGAAUCGCCAUCUCUUUCGUACCAUGA